UUUGCAGAAUGUGCUACUGGUCGCACGGUUUCUGUCGCAUGGGCGUGCAGAGAUAAAUACAGUGCAGUACAAAACUGCAUGUUGCGCUUCACGGGUCCAGAUGCUAUGGACACCGUACGCAAAGAGUACCUUAGGCUGAGAGACCAACCCAGCCCUCAAUAUUGA